AUGCAGCCGGCAACUCAUCUCGUCAUGUCCAGGUUUCCAGCUUCGAAACCCCACUCAUCCUAUCACACCCAGGCUUCAUGGCUGCGCUCUUCCCCUGACUCGCACCAUCAACUCUCAUCCUGCAACUCAUCUCGCACGAUCCCAAGCCAAUCCUCCAGCCCGGAGACCACCAUGGUGGACUUUGACGUGCUUCUUCAGAGGUCUUCCUCAGUUCCGGCCAACCGCUUGCCAUGCACAUCGUACACUCUAGAUCAUGAAGAAAAUCUUAUGGAUUCUCUCGGAAGCUUCAAGAGCGUGCUGCUGAAGGGAAAUCAGUCGCUGCAUGUGCGCACGCACGAGCGCGGUCAGGUACAAAGCAGAGAACAUAUCCAAUUUAUGUCCAAUACGUCACAUUCACAUCAAAUACCGCUGUCCCAGAGCAUGGUAAAGCAUGGCAAGAUGGAUACCUCGUCACAUCGCGUGGGUCGUUCUAAACCGCCGACACAGCCGAGAGACAGCCAGGCAAAGCCUCCCGACCAAGUCGGAAAGACAAGAGCUGAAAUUCGGCGUGCCCGUGCUGCACGCAAUCGAUCAAGUGCUCGAAGGAGUCGGCUUCGGAAGAAGGCCGAAAAUCAGAGAGACAUGGAGCAGGCCACACUCGUCCAGAGGCAAAAUGAGUCCCUGAAACAUAGGUUGAAUGAGUUGAAAGAAAGAGUAAUGAACUUGCAGAAAGUCGCUAACGCCCUUGGUCUUGCCGAUGGGCAGCACGGAAAUUUAAGUGCCGGGGCGGGAACACAAAUGGAGUUCACGCAUGCGCAGCGUUAA